GCUGGAAUAUCACGUGCUACGAUUGUCAUAGUAGUUCUUCCUGUGUUCGUAUAGACGGAUGGGUUCUGCAGUUUUUUAAUUUGUUGUGUCUUCCUGUUCCAAUGCGCUAUGAAUUACAUGCCGGGCACAGCUAGCCUCAUUGAGGAUAUAGACAAAAAACAUUUGGUGCUGCUUCGAGAUGGACGCACACUAAUUGGGUAUUUAAGAAGUAUAGACCAAUUUGCUAACCUGGUCUUGCAUCAGACUGUCGAGCGCAUUCAUGUGGGCAGAAAAUAUGGAGAUAUUCCCAGAGGAAUAUUUGUUGUCCGAGGAGAAAAUGUUGUCCUUUUAGGAGAAAUAGACUUGGAAAAAGAAAGUGACACCACUCUGCAGCAGGUAUCUAUUGAGGAGAUUCUGGAAGAGCAGAGAGUAGAACAACAGAUCAAACAGGAAGCAGAAAAGCUCAAGAUCCAGGCCCUGAAGGAACGGGGUCUGUCCAUUCCACGAGCUGAUACACUGGAUGAAUACUAGUGACUUGUUUUGACUUCCCCUUGAGUUGAAAAUUAUUUCCCAUUCAGAUACAAGAAUUUGGAGAAUACUGAAAAAAUUCUGCUAUGAUUGAAGAAAAGUAUAGCGGUUCUUUGUUUUUUGACCAUUUCAUGGUGGACUUUUUCUUUGCUUUUUACCGGACUUAUGUAAGCUGAAUCUGGCAGUGUGUGUUGGAAAACAUUUUGCACUUGUUUAGUUAUUGAAACUGCUUUAAUUCUGUACUGGUGGGAAUGGACAAGUCUGACAUACCUGAGUGAUUGACCUUUCUGCCAUAGACCAUGCAUGUUCAAGUUCAUUUGUGUGGUAAGGCUCAGUCAUCCAUCUACUGUGCAUCUCUUAGGAGUUAACCAUUGUAAUUUGUGCUCAGUAUGUCAGGUGAGCUGCUGCUUGUUUACUCACUAGGUGAGUGGCACCAUAUAACAGUAUUUUUUUUUUUUUUUUUUUUAGUAAGUUUUGGUGCUUAACAUGUUUGCAAUUAAGUGUAGACAUUGUACAGUAAGCAGCCACUUGCUUACAGAAAAAAAUGUGUAAUCCAGAUGGGUAGAACCUGUUAUGGUGAAUCAUUCUAAGCUGGAGGAUAAAAGCUUGUCUCUAAGAAGUAUGUUAAAUAAAAUGUAUGAAACACU